UCUGACACUUGACAGUUGUAAAAAUCGACGCUGUACUAAGUACGGGGAAAGGAGAAGAAGAAGCUAAUUACAUUUUUGUGUUAACAGUUUCGACGUGUGUGUGUGUGUGUUGUGUGUGUUUGGUUUUAGUGUAUCCUCCGCCGCCGUUUCUCUUCCAUCCCAUUGGCUGUUGAUAGCCGCGUACUAUACUUACACACACUCCCACCAGUACCAGCACGAACCCCACACACAAAAACGAAAAGAAAAAAUUGUGCGAGAGUUGACUUGAGUGUCGUUCAAUCUUUUUCGAUUAUUCUCUCUCGUUAACAUUGUUGUCGUGUGUCAUUGCCGGCGAGCUUUUUCCUACUCUAUUUCUACUUCAACGUCAUUGUCUUCAAAUGCAAAUUUCGACGAUGCGUGGUUCUGAGGAACUGGCCAUGAGCAACGGCGCUGUACUCAGCCCUCAAUCCAAUCACGCCGAUAACAACAACGACGCCAAGAAGGUGAAACUGGAGCCCAGGAGUCCGGCCAAGCCCUCGCGCGUCGUCCACAUCCGCAACAUCCCCAACGAUGUGACGGAGGCUGAGAUCGUCCACCUGGGCAUUCCGUUUGGACGCGUCACCAACGUUCUCGUCCUCAAGGGCAAGAAUCAGGCGUUCUUGGAGAUGGCGGACGAAGGUGCUGCCAUUUCGAUGGUCAACUACUUCAGCAACGGCACGUCGGCCCAGCUGCGUGGCCGUAACGUCUUCGUCCAGUACUCUAACCAUACCCAACUCAAGACGGACCAGUCCCACUCUAACGCUAGUGCUGCUGCUCAAGCUGCUCUGCAAGCUGCUCAAGCCCUUGCCGGCCAGACGGAGACUCAAGGCGGACCCAACACCGUCCUCCGCGUCAUCGUCGAGCACAUGGUCUAUCCCGUUACCCUAGAUGUCCUCUUUCAGAUCUUUUCCAAAGUCGGCCGGGUGCUGAAGAUCGUCACUUUCACCAAGAACAAUACAUUCCAGGCCCUGAUCCAAUAUCCGGAUGUUGUUACUGCACAAGCGGCUAAACUGACGCUGGACGGACAGAACAUUUACAACUCUUGCUGCACGCUGCGCAUCGAAUACUCUAAAUUGAGCAGCCUCAACGUCAAGUACAACAACGACAAGAGCCGUGAUUACACUAAUCCGACGCUGCCUACCGGCGAUCACAAUCUAGACGCUUUCGCCAUGACAGAUUAUGAAUGUGCGUGGUCGCUGUUAGGUGGCGCCGGAGUGCUGGCCUCCCCUUUCCAAGCCAUGCAUGGCCUCGCAUCGCCCUUAACCGCAGCUUACGGCUCUGCAUCGGUCGGAGGUGGCGGAGCUGACUUCAUCUUACCAAGUGGUUUUAGCUUGCCAGGUGGCUCGGCUUCUGCAGCUUUGGGACCGGCUGCCCUACGCCUCUCGGGCCAGCCCUGUUCUUCUGGAGCCGUCCUACUCGUCUCGAAUCUCAACGAGGAGAUGGUCACGCCUGAUGCUCUCUUCACUCUCUUCGGUGUUUAUGGCGAUGUCCACCGGGUGAAGAUCCUGUUCAACAAGAAAGAUACAGCACUCAUUCAAAUGGCAGAGCCGCAUCAAGCCCAACUUGCUAUGACUCACCUGGACAAGCUGAAACUCUAUGGCAAACAGUUGCGAGCCAUGCCCUCUAAGCACCAGGGCGUUCAGAUGCCCAAAGAAGGCCAACCGGAUGCCGGUCUGACCAAGGACUUUAUCAACUCGUCUCUACAUCGUUUCAAGAAACCCGGCAGCAAAAAUUAUCAGAAUAUCUACCCUCCUUCGUCCACUCUUCACCUGUCGAAUAUUCCGCCGAAUGUCACUGAAGAGGAGAUCAAAAACGCCUUUACCGCGGCUAACUUUGCCCCACAGGCCUUUAAAUUCUUCCCGAAGGACCGGAAGAUGGCGUUGAUUCAACUCGGUAGUGUCGAGGAAGCCGUGGCUGCUCUCAUUAAAAUGCACAACUAUCAGCUCAGCGACUCGAGCCACUUGCGAGUCUCCUUCUCCAAGUCGACCAUUUAAAAAAAACAAUAAUAACACACACAAAAAACAAAACAAAAACAAAAAACAACAAAAGCACACGUACACAUAAAAUGUCCCGAGAAAAUCGAACAAACAAAACAAAAACACGUGCAUCUGGAUUCGAAAAACAAAAACCAUCCUUUCGAUAAAAUAAUUAUUGGAUUUUUUUUUUUUUUUUUUUUGAUUUUUAUUUUAUUUUUUGCGUGUUUGUGUCCCGUCGAGAUGAGAAGUGUUCAAAAUGCGCACCUGCCGGAAGUCUCUAGCGCGUUGCACAAGUCCCCCGCCCUCCCCCUCUCCCUCCCCUCUUUACCUUAUCACCGCCCUCUUACACUUAGAACCAUCAACAACACGUUGGGAAAACAUUUUCAACUGCUAGAAUUUAGCUCUUCUCCGCGUUUUUUUUGCUUCUUCCUCUUCUUCUUCUUCUUCUUCCGAAGAUGGAUGAUGAAAUGUUUUGACUUGGCAACGAGGCAAAAUGAUUGUUCUUCACCGAUCUACCGUUUGCUGCUUUGAGGCUGAGCCUCUAUCGCACAAAAACAAACAAACAACAAAGAAAACUACAACCACAAACUCUUUUUUUUUCUGUCCUUGUUUUUUGUUCUCCUUUUUUUUGUUUUGGUUCCAUUUCGAUGUCACCGCAAUCGCCUCUCCUGUCCACUCGUGUGCACCCCGUAACACCUUUCGUGUGUGUGUGUGUGUGUGUGAUGUCUGUUUAUUGGGGGCUCAAGAGGAGGAGAAAAUGUUUGUCUUCAAUUGUUUGGAACUCCCAAAAAAUGUAUUUUUUUUUGUCCUCCUUUCACUUCCGACAUACUCGACAAGUAAAAACGAACAAAUCACAGAAGCAAAAAAAAAAAAACAAAAAAAAAAAAAAAAACUGUGGACUAACCCUAUACACACCCACCACCAUUACACCUGACUCGCCCAUCAUUUCGCUACCGUUGGUAAUCAUUUUUUUUUUAAUUUUUAUUAUUAUUUUUAUUUGUUGUGCGAGAUGAUCGACUGUUCUUGGGCACAUCUGAUGUAGAAUUAGAUCAUUGAUUGCGGCAGCCCAAAAAUGUGGUGAAAAGACAGACCUCUAAAACAACACUCCUAUCUACCCCUCAUUUAUAACUACCCCUCCCUCCCCCGUCCCUAGAAACAAAAACAUGAAGAAAAAAAAAAAAAAAAAAAGAAUAAGGGAAUUUAAGAUCUAUUUUUGCAAGUGAAAUUGUACAUCUCUUGUUUUAUGCGCCUCUUUUUUUUUUGAAUUAUUAUUAUUCACUUUUUUUUUCCUAUUUGGCCCCAUAUAAAAAUUGCUGAGAAGAGGAUAGUUAAUUUCAUUUGGGUUUUUGGGUAGGGAGGAGAUUUCAAAAAAAAAAAAAAGUGUUGGGCUUUCUUUUGUUGCACACAAGAAUGGAAGCGGGAAUUAUAAAUUUUUUUUCUUUCUAUUUGUUCGAAACACCAUAUCGUUUUGAAAGUGUGCGCGUGUGUGUGUGUGUGGCUUCAUUUUUCCCCUCUCACUAUCUUUCAAAUAUUUUUCUUUCUUUUCUUUUCGUUUUUCUUUUGUAUUUUCUGAUCGACCUUUGGAAAAAGCACCCUACAAAAACAAACAUUUUUCUCGUCUCUUUUUCCUCUUUGUCUCCAACUUAUUUUCCCAAUCCUCUUUCUAUAUAUCAAACAUUUCCCUCACUUUUGCUUGCGAAUUAGCUUAAUGUGUGUUGGGGGUUGUCUUGUAUGUGUUCUGAUUUUUUUUUCUAUCUAUUACAUCUUCUUCUUCUCGCUA